AUGACAUCGACAGCACACGUUGUCUCGAAUCACUCUAAGGAUUACUCGAGAAAAGUGCUAUCAUUGGCACAACAAGUAUUGAGCUUGAAAGAUCGUGCUCUGCAAAUCUCUCGAGCUGUGGUCGAGAAAGACGAUUUGGUGGUUGUAGACAAUCAAUAUCAUUAUCGACAUGCUCUUCGACCGCUUGCUUUUGAUUUUGUAGAUAGGCUACAGGGACACUGCUUUGAAAAUCAAUCUAGUACAUCGUCUGCUCAGAGCACGAAGCAACGACAGAGAGUUCUGCGAGAAUUGGGGACGUACAAAACUGCUUUACCCGUCGAGAAUGGCAGUAGUAUCUUUGUCAGGGCAGUAGAAAGCCGAAUGGACCUUCUACGGUGUCUCAUAAUUGGACCAGACGAUAGUCCAUACGAAAAUGGGUGCUUCUUUUUCGAUAUUCACCUUGCCGGCUAUCCUAACUCUCCUCCAAAAGUAAAUUUUUUGACUACGGGAGACGGGAAGUAUCGAUUCAAUCCAAACCUCUAUAAAGAUGGAAAGGUUUGUCUCUCGCUUCUUGGUACUUGGUCAGGACCAGGAUGGCAAAGUGGGGAGAGUACACUGCUGCAAGUUUUGGUGUCGAUUCAAUCAUUAAUUCUUGUUGAACAGCCCUAUUUCAACGAACCAGGUUUUCAGGCGUCAGAAGGAACUCCAAGUGGAAUAUGCGAAUCUGAUAAAUACAAUGAAAACGUAAGGCGCUUCACGCUAGAUGCCGCCAUUCUGCCCCACCUACGACGUCUCACUGGUGCUUUAGUACCUAUGUAUCCUGAAUUUGAUGCUGUCAUCGAUAAACACUUUGAGCUGAAGGAGCAUGCUUUGACGGUGCAACUGUCAAAGUGGCGUAAAUACAAGGCCCAAAAAAGCCCCCAUGCAGGACUUCCUAGUUACAUGAAGCUACAUCAUGCGAGAACCAGUGGUCCAACUAUGGAAUCACUAUGCAUUUCCUGCGUUGCCUGUAUGGAUAGUUGGCCGAGAAAGCAAAAGGCAAGAAAAAAUAGAAGCAACGCAUCCUCAUCCAUGUUACCCGAGGAGAGUAGCAAACAGGCAGUUUCAGUUCAACCCAUCCGCGCUGUAGAGGUCAAUGGAAUCAUUGAAAUUGAUCUAGAUGAGGACAAUCAAGACCUAGCUGCAACAGCAAAUCUACCACAACCACCAAAUUCCGAGUCUGAUGUUCCAAGACCAUCGCAGCCACCAGUGACCCUUGUUUCCAGCCUGAAAGGCUCAACUGCAAAAGUCAUCGACUUGACAUGA